AGUGUCACAAAAACAUGGCAAGCAACUGCCCUCUUACCCCCACCUCUGCCACGCCUCCGGCAUCCACUCCGCAACCCCUUGACGAGGGUUGAAAUUGGUUGGGGUUCGCUCUCCUAGCCUGUCAUGGGGAUAAACUCGCCAUACAGACUGACUCGGCUACCAAACAACAUCCCUACUCAUAUCCACCUCUAUCCACCUCUAUUCACGCCACCACUAUAAUUUGCAGGGUAUGCGCGGGCAACUGAGGUUGACUUGCUAGGACGGCCCACGGCGGCGGCCUCCGUAUGGUCGUUUUGAGCAGAUGUCAGUUAUUGAGGCGUCGCCCCGGCCCCGUCGCCGCCGUCCCCGCUCUAUGGCGCACCAUGAAACCAUGCACGACUAGUCCCGCUCUGGACUUGACUGGACAUGUCGAUCGCCGGGAAAACCUCGAGAGUUCUGAGAUGGAUCAGAUACCAUGCACGCUGUGCAUUCGGUGCAAUAUGUGCUGCAAAUAUUAUCGGUCCCCAGGCCCGUUAUGGACUGCCAAUCUUGUCCGGUACUUUUGAUGGAUGAACCCAGCAACGUGGUCGUGGGGCAGUAGUCAUGCCUGACAUAACUUGUCCAAUGUCGUCCGCAUCAUUGGCAAUUCUGUCGUUUUGCUGUGCAUGUAAAAACGACACGUUCAUUCGCAAUGUCUGCCGGGGAUCCUCUACCAAUCUCCAUUGUGCUGGGUUCAGCUGCCGCUGUCGGCACCCUCCUCCACCAAUUCUUUAGGACUGUCGAGGCGGACAGAUACCCGUUAUCUAUUCUUGGAUCCGUGAUUGGAUCGCAUUGGGCGGUUGCAUACGGUCUUCAGAGCACUAGCGAGCAAUAUGCCUCGUUCUGGGCUUCCCACGGACUCGCUUUCCUGAUCGUUUCCACUGCCGUUGUUUCGCUAUGGGCAAACAUUCUCGUCUAUCGCGCUUUCUUCCAUCCAUUGAACCGAUUUCCGGGCCCGUUCGGAGCUAAGCUCACGAAGCUGUGGUCUUUGAAGCAGGUGGUUGGAUCUGAUAUUAAGUGGUACCGGGUGGCUUCUGAACUGCACAAGCAGCAUGGGGACUAUGUUAGAAUCGGCCCACGAGAGCUGUCAGUUCUCGACACUGCUGCUCUGAUUCCAAUGCUGGGAGCUAGAAUGGAGAAAGGCCCUUUCUAUGGAGCUAUGGAACGAUCGGUACAUACGAAUCGAGAUGCCGCUUUCCACAAGCAGAGGCGCAAGGUUUGGGACAUGGCAUUCAAGCAAACUCUUGCCGAUUAUGGCCCCACCAUCGAGGACUUCACCGAUUCUCUACUCGUACGCAUAGAUUCCCUCGUGGGAAAGGCAACGGUCGUCAAUGAUUUAUGUAUACAUUACAGCUACGAUGUGAUGAGCUCUCUGGCAUUUGGUUCCUCUACAGGCUUCAUUGACGGCACAUCGUCUGACGUAGCCACUACCAUCCUGAACAAUAUCAAGGAAGGCAUUGUAGCAGUUGGACUGUUUCUCCAUGUCCCAUGGAUGCUCACGAUCGUUGAAACACUGUCUUUUGUGGGCCCGAUGAAGCUGUUCAAGUCGUGGUCCAGCGAAAAGGUUGCCGAACGAAGAAAGAUGAACAACAAUAGGCCUGAUAUAAUGGGCUACUUGUUGGAGCACACGGAGGAUAACCGGGAAAACCGCGCCCUUCUAGAUGCGGAAUCUCGUGUUAUCAUCGGAGCUGGAAGCGACACUACAGCCUCUGCAUUGGCUACGAUGUUUACUAUCCUGGCGAAUGACCCUGCGUGCCAGGAGAAGCUUCGUCAAGAAGUCAAUGAGAGUUUUGAAGAUGGCUCGUAUACUUGUGCUCGACCCCAAAAUUUGCUUGAUGGUGUAAUCAGCGAAACCCUACGAAUUUGCCCCCCAGUCCUGUUUGCUCCUCAACGCAUGGUGCCUGAAGGUGGCAUCAGAAUCGGCGACGUUGAUCUCCCAGGCGGAACAAUCCUUUCAUUUAGCACCUAUAACUUCCACCAUGACAAGCGCAACUUUGUUGAACCAGGAAAGUUCAUCCCAGAACGUUGGACUACGAAGCCAGAAUUAAUUCUCAAGAAAAAUGCCUGCAUACCGUUCGUCAUGGGUCCCUAUAAAUGCCCUGGUAAAGCCAUCGCGAUGAUGGAGUUGCGCUCAGUGAUCGCCAAGACGGUUUGCAGGUACGAUAUCAGCCUCGCCAAAGACGCCAAAUUCGACCUCAAUGAGUUCUUUUUGGGCGUCAAAGACCAUUUCACAGCUGGUAUCCCUGAGCAAGAGCUGGUUUUCACUCGAAGGAAGGAAUAGACAUUCACGGCACAUUUUGGAUAUACAAAGAUCUAAUGACUCUACGAUUUGCUCGUUACCUUUUCCGCUGCCACAUAAUUCGGAGUGAUUGAACGCCGUUUCUUGAACUAUAGUCGCUGUAAACACUGCUGUUGUGAAUAGUCCCUCCGGACACACGCAUGCCCUCAUGCUUCUGAUUCUACUCCAAAUGAACCCGUCGGCCCCAGUUCCCAGCAAACUUGUGACAGCCACAAACCUGUGG